AUGGCGCCGCUGCCGAAUGCUGAGCUAGUGCAGAGCUCUCUGCAGUUGUAUCGUUACCUGCUUCGGUGCUGCAAGCAGCUUCCCGAAGAGAACAUUCGUCAGCAUUACAGACAUGCAGUCAGGCAGAGUUUCAAGGUUCAUGCAGAUGAAGACAAUCCUGAGCGAAUCCAGCAGAUUAUAAAGCGAGCCAUUGAAGAUGCUGACUGGGUCAUGAACAAAUAUAAAAAACAGAAGUAG